UCCAAUGGUCACCAGAAAGCGUCGCCGAGAGCGUCACCGGCGGCAUUUAAACUGGGGGAAAAUAACAUCAAGAUUUAAAAGAUCUAAAAUUAGUAAAUGUAUCCGAGUAUUUGAAUACGAGUUGCUGGAUCUAUGUGCAUCGUGGCAGCGGCAGUGGACACGGACAGUCGGGACCGUUGCGCCGUUUAUUUCAUGAUUUAAUAUUCAAUCGAUAUCUUGUUUCGCGCUCCCCCGGAUGUGAUUUGAUGGUGUUUUCUUUCCCCCCACCUCCCCCAAUGUGUCGGCGAUGUCCCAGUCGCCCUGCUCAGUGAUCCCUCACCUGGACCUGUAUAAUUUCCAGUGCCCGGAGGCCGAGCUGCGCAGCCGCUAUGUGCUGACCAGCCCGCGCUCGCUAGAGGCGUGCGCGCGCCGCCACCUGCAGCCCGUCCAACUGCUGCAACGGUCAGUGCGCGAACUGGCCCGGGAGAGGCCGCUAGAACCACUCCGCCAGCUCGAGCAGCGCUACCAGGAGGAGGAGAGGGAACGGAGAAGGAGACUGAGAGAGUGCAGAGAAGAGAGACAGCGCAUCAUAGAGGAAGAAAAAGCCAGAAGAACACCCAUACCAACUUUUGUGAAAUUUUCUGCUCAGAGAUCUACAAAUGAAUCUGGUUUCCCCAACAGUCAUGUUCUGGAUGCUCUCCAUGAAGAUCAAAGCUCUUCAAAAGCCCUUCCAUCAGAUGACAAGAACACACCAUCUAGUUGGGCUAUUUCAAGAGAAGAAAGUAAAAGACCAGCGGACAUUUGGGCUUCUGUGCAGCAAAAGAGGAAGAAUUCAGAGGACACCAGUGUGAGUGGGUAUUUUCGGAAGAACACCAGUCUGGGUGAUCUAAGGCAGUCCCCUGCUACAGCAAAGAAACUGGACAAGCUGGUCAGUGAGAUCCGAAGGGAAACCAAUGUGAUCAUUCCUGAACGUGAUCGGAAGAUUGCAGCAUUAAUGCUGGUUAAACAUCAGGAAGAACAGGAGAGGCUGGAACAGUGUCUCAAAGCCCAGCAGUUCUGGGAUAAACUGAAGAGGGCAGAAAGAUUAGCACAAAUGAAGCAGGAGGCUGAAAGGCAAAAGGGCUUAAUCAAGAGUAUUGGCAGGUGGAGGAAAGAACGGGAAAUGAGACAGUCUAAAAUACAGCAGGAAGUAAAACAGAUGGCUGAACUACGGGAGAAAGACGUGAUUUCAAAAGAAAAUAAGUGGAGAAUGUUGGCCGAGAAACAGGAAUUAAAGAAAAAGGAAAAAUUAGAACAAUCAAAAUACGAAGCAGAAAUCCGUAAACAUCAUCAAAAUCAGUUACGGAAACAAACCGAAACCAUCAAGCAAAUUACCAAAGAGCAAGAAGUACAGGUUUCACAGGCAAAGCUGUCAAAUGCUGCCCAGAAGCGGCUGGUGAAAGAAAUGAGCGACCAGAACAAAAUCAAACUGGAGAAUGAGCACGAAAAGCUGAAGCAUCUGAUCCUGAAAAGGGAGAUUGACCAUCUAACCAAGGCAGAGGAGUUAAUGGUGAGGAUGUCACUGGAGCGGAAGCUUUUAAAAUUCAAAGAAAAUCACAAACUUCUAGUGGAAGAAAAAAAGAGAGGGCUGAAAGAAAAAGCAACCAAGGAGAAAAACCAGAUCCUUCAAGCCAAGUCAAGGGCUGAAAAACUAGAACAGGAACAGAAGGAACGUAAGGAAGCAUUGGCAGAAAUCUCUGACCUCAAAAUUGAACAGGCUCAGAAAACUGUGCUGAAGAGUGUCCAAAAUAAAGCCCUUCAGUCCCAGAAGACCAGAUCGGAGAAAGAGAAGAUCCACCAGCAGAUAAAAAAGAAGGUCGAGGAGAAAGAAGAAUGGCACCGACAAGCAAUGGAAGAAACUAUUAAGAAGAAAGACAAGAGGAGUGAAGAAAUUUUGAAAGUGAAGAAAGCAACCAUUGAGGAGUCCCGUCAAGUUGCCCGGGCAGCCUUCCAAAUGAGGGAACGAGUGAGGGAACAGAUCAACAGCCGUUCCUUUGAUCAAAUGGCUAUGGAAGCUGAGCUAUGGGCAAGCUUGGUGAAAAAGAUGGCUUACUAAUGUUUGAGGGGAAAAAAUGAAAUCCCAUCAAUAGAAUACCUGAUUUAGUUCUUUAUUAGUAAUGCCCCUCUAAAAAGGGAUUUUUUUUGUUUCGCUUGAUGACACUGGGGCAACAAGUUAAUUUUUUAGGAAAGGCAUAAACAUGGAUGAUUGUAUUUCAGUGAAUAGCAGACCAUGAGGUAAUGAAUUUUCUCAUAAAGAAGUUAAAUAUUCUGGGAAUCCAUUGUAAAAUGGCUCUGUGGAAUUUGAUUGUGUUGUAGAAUUAUAGAAUUUAUUGAAAUGUAAACAUAACUCAAAGCUUUAUCAUGACCACAUUUGUUCUACCAGUGUUGUGAAGCUGCAGAAAACAAUGAUCCUUUUGUUACUUGGAAGAAUGUUUGUAAAAUGUUUUACUUGUGCAUGUUUUAAUAUUUGGGCAAAUGCACAGGACAAGCCCUUAUUGCUACACUAUUCAGGAAACAAAAUCAAAAAACUGUGAACUUUGAACCAUCCAUAAGUUAUCUUUCUCAUAAGAGUGAAAGGAAAACUGCGGCCAAAUUCCCUUCUACAAUAGUAUUCAAACUUCUUAUAUUCUAGUGGAUCUUCCAUCACAUUUGCUGAUAGUAAUUUGCAGGAUGUGCUGUGUCUUAGUGUCUGUGUUGUCAUCUCAUCUCCUGAGUUUCUGGUAGCAUCUUUCUCUUUGCCUUUCACUGUUGCUUUCUUUAAAAUGCUCUCUUCUCUUUCUUGCUCUGCCAAUUGUGAGAGGGUGGCAGGUAUGCGUGUUGACCAGGGAAAGGACCGAUAAAAUUUGGAUUGCAAGAUGCAAUUUGGCUGGAGCUGUGAGGAAAAAUAAUUUGAACUGGAUAGAGUUUCCCUCCUUGUGUUCCCAAUCCCACGUUUUGCCUUGUGCUCCAGCUCGUGCUCCAUCCUAACGCGCUCCUAUUCCCAUUCUAUCCAGUGCAUUACAGCUGUCACAUACCCCUCACAGCAUGCUCUGUUCUCAAUCUGGUUCACCCUUCUCACUUGCCCACAUCCUUCGCCCUGAACUCUCUUUUCCUUUUCUUCCCUCGAUCCCUUAUCUCACUGGCCCCGCCACAGCCCAUUCCAGCCCAACCCACCCCACAAAUCUCCUCACAGACCCCAGCCCGUCCCCACCCUC